ACACCAUCCACCAUCCAGUCAAAACCCAGUCAACUACUAGUACCUCCCUAGGUAGAAUAAAUCAUUUACGUACAGGCUACACGGACCAUCCAAUCGUAAUUUGGUCAACGGUCAGUACUCCUGUAGACAAAGUGAACCAUCCACUUACAUUCUUUGUGAUCCAGUUAACCAUCUGUACUUCCCAAGACAGUAGAUCAUCCACGUACAUGCUGCACACGCGAUCCAGUCGUAAACCAGUCGAUGGUCAGCACUCCCCGGGACAGGGCAACUCAUCCACGUACACCCUGCAAACACCAUCCAGUCGUAAUCCGGUCAACUAUCAGUACUCUCCAAGACAAAGUAGAUCAUUUACGCACGAACUGCACAUACGACCCAGUCGUAACCCGAUCAACCAUCAGUGCUCCCUAUCGAUAGAUCAUCUACGUACACACUGCACAUUCGAUCCAGUCGUGACCCAGUCAACCAUCGGUAUCUCCAUAGUACUAUAG